CAUGUAUCGCAAAGGACAUCAGCGUGAAUCGGCAAACUUGUUUCGGUGAAGAUGGCUGCUGUUGCGCUUGAAGACCAAACAAUUUGGAAUGAUGGACAAGAAGCACUUGGUGAAGAAGUCUUACGUAUGUCCACGGACGAAGUCAUCAGUAGGACGCGCCUUCUUGACAAUGAGAUCAAAAUCAUGAAGAGCGAAGUGCUGCGCAUAUCUCACGAACUUCAAGCGCAGAAGGAGAAGAUAAAAGAGAACAAGGAGAAAAUUAAGGUAAAUAAAACCCUGCCUUACCUCGUCUCCAACGUUAUCGAACUGCUCGACGUCGACCCCCAAGAACUCGGCGAAGAAGACGGAGCCAACGUCGACUUGGAUUCGCUCCGCAAGGGUAAAUGCGCCGUCAUCAAGACGUCGACCCGGCAGACUUAUUUUCUGCCAGUCAUAGGCCUAGUGGACGCGGAGAAGCUCCGUCCCGGUGAUCUCGUCGGGGUCAACAAGGACUCCUAUCUCAUCCUGGAGACUCUCCCUCAAGAAUACGACUCCCGCGUGAAAGCUAUGGAAGUGGACGAACGGCCUACGGAACAGUACAGCGACAUCGGUGGUCUGGACAAGCAGAUUCAAGAGCUGGUCGAGGCUGUCGUGCUUCCAAUGACCCACAAGGAAAAGUUCGUUAAUCUCGGAAUCAGUCCUCCCAAGGGAGUCCUCUUGUACGGCCCUCCAGGCACUGGCAAAACGCUAAUGGCUAGGGCAUGUGCGGCACAGACCAAGUCCACCUUCCUCAAGCUGGCCGGACCUCAACUGGUCCAGAUGUUCAUCGGCGACGGAGCAAAGCUCGUACGCGACGCGUUCGCCCUGGCCAAGGAGAAAUCGCCAGCCAUCAUCUUCAUCGACGAACUCGACGCCAUCGGCACCAAACGUUUCGACAGCGAGAAGGCCGGAGACCGUGAGGUGCAACGUACCAUGCUAGAGCUUCUCAACCAGCUGGACGGGUUCAGUUCCAGCGCAGACAUCAAAGUCAUCGCCGCCACCAACAGGGUGGACAUCCUGGACCCCGCGCUACUGCGGUCGGGACGUCUCGACAGGAAGAUCGAGUUUCCGCACCCCAACGAAGAGGCUCGAGCGCGGAUCAUGCAGAUCCACUCACGGAAGAUGAACUAUGACAAGGAUGUCAACUUUGAAGAGCUCGCUCGUUGUACGGACGACUUCAACGGAGCGCAGUGCAAGGCGGUCUGCGUGGAGGCGGGCAUGAUCGCGCUGCGCCGCAUGGGCAACAAUGUCACGCACGAAGAUUACAUGGACGCUAUCAUGGAAGUGCAAGCGAAGAAAAAGACUAACCUCAACUAUUAUGCUUAGAUGUCGCCAUUAAAGGUGUUUACUUUUGU